UCAAAAAGAGUGGGUUAUAGAGAGAGAAUUGAGAUUGGCCCUGACGGGCUUGGCCUGGAAGCUAGCACAGACUCGGUAGGCUGAAUGGCCUCAUUCAAUGAUACCUGGCAUAUUUUAUUUGUUCAACACUGUCUGUUUCUUCGUGCUGAUGUAGAAUUCUCUGUCUCCUGGGCUGCAAUCGCUGCCGUUCGUGUGGUUUCUGGCGUUCCCACAGACUCUCCCGCUCACUUUCUGCCUUGCAGUGGGCUGCCGUGCGGGAGAUGUCCGCCAGGAGGAGAGAGUGGGGUCAGUCUGCAGCCGCACGAUCAUCAGCACCCCUCAGCCGCUCUCUUUAUUUUGCAAUCGUCUUGGUACGGUUCCGGAUUCUGACAGAGGAAGUCGCAACAGGAAGCUGCUCUCACACUCUGAACUUUAAUUCACAACCAGCCUGUCGAAGAGGAGCUGCCGGGGGAGGCGAGGGCCAUGGAUGGCCGGAGCCAGCAGAGGCUGAGUGUGCGUGUCGGGUGAGCAGAGAGCAGAUGGAGCCCUGCUGACUGCAGUAUCUCCAGGUGGUUGGCGGAAGCAGGCGCCCUUGGGGCUUGUGCCGGUGAAGAGGGAGUGCCAGGGUGAGUUCCAGCGUCGCCUGCCUCCGCGGACCUCCAUCCUGAACCGUGAGCUGCAGAUAUGGACAGUGUUCCCUCCGAGGGCUGGCGCACACCUCUGCUCACUACACCAUGCAGGUGAUGGAGGAGCAAGUCUGCGUCAAGGUGAUGUACAUCGCGAUGGAACUGCUGAUCGCCGUGCUGGCCGUGCUGGGUAACGUCCUCGUCUGCUGGGCCGUCUACCUGAACAGCAACCUGCAGAGCAUCACCAACUUCUUCGUGGUCUCCCUGGCCGUGGCGGACAUCGCCGUGGGCGUCCUGGCCAUCCCCUUCGCCAUCACCAUCAGCACUGGUUUCUGCUCGCUCUUCUACGGCUGCCUCUUCAUCGCCUGCUUCGUGGUGGUGCUGACCCAGAGCUCCAUCUUCAGCCUGCUGGCCAUUGCCGUCGACCGUUACAUCUGCAUCAAGAUCCCCCUCAGGUACAAUAGCCUGGUGACAGGCUCACGUGCAAGGGGUGUCAUCUGCAUCUGCUGGGUCCUGUCCUUCUUCAUCGGGCUGACUCCAAUCUUCGGCUGGAACAAUUCAAGUCACAACGUGACGGUGAACGGGUCAUGCGGAGACGGUUUUGUCUCCUGCCUUUUCGAGGAGGUGGUCACCAUGGAUUACAUGGUCUAUUACAACUUCUUCGCCUGCGUCCUGCUGCCCUUGAUUCUGAUGCUGGGCAUCUACCUGAGGAUCUUCAUGGCCGCCCGGCACCAGCUCAAGCAGAUGGACUUCAGCAGCCUGCCGACGGAGAGGAGCCGGUCGACGCUGCAGAAGGAGGUCCAGGCAGCCAAGUCGCUGGCCAUCAUAGUGGGCCUCUUUGCAGCCUGCUGGCUGCCCGUGCACAUCAUCAACUGCGUCACCUUCUUCUGUGAGGACUGCAGGCCUCCGGCCGGCAUCCUGUACUUCGCCAUCAUCCUCUCCCACGCCAACUCUGUGGUCAACCCCUUCAUCUACGCCUACAGAAUCAGAGAAUUCCGACAGACCUUCCGGAAGAUCCUGAAAAGGUACGUACUGAGGAAAACAGAGCAGACGUUUACAAGACAGAACACAAGGAGCUCCAUUCACACUAGUGGGGACCACGUGAAUCUUCACAUCAAUGGGUGUGGCCUGGACCUGCUCACCAAUGCAAGUGUCGAGGCAGCAGGUGUGGCCGAUAAAGACACUUCCCAACAUCAGAACCUUCUGGCUCGUCGGCCGAGUGGGACUAGCCCGGGGGACUCCACGUGUGAGAGGGUACUCAGCCAAGGACAACACUUGCCGGAGGAAAGGGAUUUGAACUUGCACACAGCCUUUCCACACCAGGCCUCCUGACGGCAUCCAAACAAGGCUUUAACUUGUCCAUAGAGCAAGGAGUGAGAUUGCAAGAUGUGGAGGGUGGUGCUCAGGCAUCAAGUCGUUGGUGUGAGGGGACAGAGGAGCUGAGGAGAGCUGAUCAGUAGUGAACAUCCUCUCACCUAGGGAGGAUCUGCUGUCUGUUCUCAGACCUCUGUUAACCAUUUAUCCACUGCUGGGGCUGUGAUGUGUCAGGGGUACAUGCUGGUUUUGGUGUGCCAAUUAGAUACGUGGGACCAAACACACUUCCCUGGUGGGCCUGGCCAUUCACAUGGUGGCUACUCGAAGACCACCUGCAUGAGUUCACUCAUGCUUCACAGUGGCUGAUUUACCUACCUUUAGCACAGUAAUCAUUCCCCAGACCUCUGCUGCAUCUUUCGUGGGGGAUCUGAUCUGACAGCCUUCUUCACACACAAGAACUGAACCCUGUAACUUAUUCUCAUCAACUUUAUUUAAACUUACUGAAGUUCAAUGUACCCUAAUUCCAAGAUGGAGAGCUGAUCCCAACUACUCCGGCAUGUAUAUCCCAAUACUUCACUUCUGGGACAAGAAUGGAUCUGAAACUUAGAACAGUACAGGCCCUUCAGCCCAUAAUGUUGUGCUGAACCUUUAACCUACUCCAAUCUGUCUAACCCUUCCCUCCUGCAUAACCCUUCAUUUUCUUUCAUCCAUGUUCCUGUCUAAGAGUUUCUUAAUAGUCCCUAAUGUAUUUGCCUCCACCGCCACUCUCGCCAUAAAGAAAUGACCCCUUACGUCCCCCCUCUACUUUUCUCCAGUCAUCAAAUUAUGCCCCCAUGUAUUAGCCAUUCCCUCCCCCCACCCUCAGGAGUAGGUCUCCAGCUGUCCACUCUAUAUUUCUUAUCAUCCUGUGCGUCUCUUAUCAAAUCUCCUCUCAUUUCCCUUCUCUCCAAAUGGAUAAACCCUGGCCCUGUGGCGACCCACUUACUGCGCACGUGAACCGGCUCACAGAUAGCCAGCGCGCGGGGGGAGACUUUGGUGACGCACCUCUGACGUCAUUUCCACCCGGAGACGGCAGGCGCUAGGGAUUAAAUGCCAGCGCCGCGAAGUUUGAAUAAACUAGUCUGGAAA